AUGUCUGUUCUGGAACUCAGGUUCCAGAAAACCGAUAUCCUGGUGGUAUUGAGCAAUGUCGUACCCACCCUAUCAGGGCUAUGGCCAGCCCCUCAGCAAGGCUAUAACCAACCGCCAGGCCAGUACUAUCAGCCUCCUCCUCAAGGCCAAGGCCACUACGGUCAACCCCCUCCCAACCAAUAUCCUCCCCAGAACCAGCAAUAUGGCGGUUACGCACCUCCCCGCCCCAGCAAGGCCAUGGAUACCAUCAACAGCAGCCCCCUCCCCACGGGCAAUACGGCCACCCGCCUGCCCCUUAUGGUGCCCCCCGCACUCCCCGCAGCCCUACGGCGCCCCCUCCCGGACAGUAUGGCGCGCCCUCCCGGCCAAUACGGUGCGCCACCUCCCGGCCAAUACGCUCCUCCUCCUGGCCAGUACGGCGCUCCCCUCCAGGGCAAUACGGCGCACCUCCGGCAAGCAAUCAGUAUCCCCCAUGGAGCUCAGUUUCCUCCAACCCCUGCCAGCCCGGGCUACGGCCCUCCUCAAAUCAUCAACUGGGACGCCACAGCCGACGCGCAAACCUGUCGAGCCGCGAUGAAGGGAUUUGGUACGGACGAGAAGCUCCUCAUACGGGCAAUCGCCUCUAAAGACCCCCACCAAAUUGAAGCUUUGAAGGCUAGUUUCCAACGGCAGUUCAACCGCGAUCUCGUGCGGGAUAUCGAGAAGGAAACGAGCGGGAACCUGGAGUACGGUCUUAUGGCAGUAGCACGAGGCCCCCUUCUCAACGACGUGCACACCCUCCGGGACGCCCUGAAGGGCAUGGGCACCAAUGAAGCUCUUCUCAAUGAUGUGCUACUCUCCCGGUCCAAUGCCGAUAUCCAGGCCAUCAAAUCUACGUACUCAAAAACGUUUGCCCGUCGCUUAGAAGAUGAUGUCAAGAGUGACUUGAGCGGCAAGACGGAGCGACACUUUUUAAUGGUCCUUGCUGCUACGAGAGCGGAGGAUGCUGCACCCGUCGUACCGCAGCAGAUCGACCAGGAUGUUCUCGAGAUCUACAAGGCUACUGAGGGUCGCAUGGGGACAGACGAGCUACUUAUAUUGAUCAAGAGUGAAUUCUCGGGCCAUAUGGAAGAUGCUCUACUCUACCAGCUCCGCCAAGCGAACGACAAGUAUAUGCAUGCCGCGACACUCCUAGAGGCUACCAUGGCUGGUGCUGGAACGAGAGAUAAGCUUCUCGCCUCCCGCGUUGUCCGUUACCACUGGGACAGCAACGCACUCAACAACAUUCGUGGCGCAUACUCGCAACGCUUCGGCAAAGACCUGGCAAGGCGUAUCAAGGGCGAAACGAGCGGCGAUUUCGAAAGGUUCCUGCUGUCUUGCAUUGGAGAGUCUAUCUAA